GGUUGGUUCCUGUCACGUGUGAGCUGCAGCUGCUGCUCUCUGACUCUUUACACAACUCUCAAGCAGUUGUUGGUCAGCAGUAAUGGAGUCCAGCAGGAUCCUGAUAAAAGGAGGCAAAGUAGUGAACGAAGACUGCUCCGCGAUCAGCGACGUCUACAUUGAAAAUGGGAAAAUAAUCGCAGUUGGACCGAACCUUCAAAUCCCAACGGGAGCGCGAGUCAUCGAUGCCACGGAUAAGCUGGUGAUGCCAGGCGGCAUCGACACGCACACUCACAUGGAGCUGGCGUUCAUGGGCACCAAGGCUGUGGACGACUUCUACAUAGGGACAAAGGCUGCUCUCGCAGGAGGGACCACAAUGAUCCUGGACUUUGUCAUCCCCCAGAACGGCAAAUCUCUUCUUGAGGCCUACGACCGUUGGCGUCAGACUGCUGACCCCAAAGUUUGCUGCGACUAUUCGCUGCAUGUCGCUGUCACGUGGUGGAGUGAGGAGGUCAAGAAAGAGAUGGAGACUCUGGCCAAAGAAAAAGGAGUGAACUCCUUCAAGAUGUUCAUGGCCUAUAAAGACGUGUUCAUGCUGCAGGACUCGGAGCUUUAUGCUUCGUUCGCCCAGUGUAAGGAGAUCGGAGCUAUAGCUCAGGUUCACGCUGAGAACGGAGAUCUGAUCGCGGAGGGCGCUAAGAAGAUGCUGGCCCUGGGCAUCACUGGACCCGAGGGUCACGAGCUGUGUCGACCAGAGGAGGUGGAGGCCGAGGCCACUCAGAGAGCCAUCACCAUUGCAAAUUCUGUCAACUGCCCACUCUAUGUGGUCCAUGUCAUGAGCAAAUCUGCAGCCAAGGUUGUGGCUAAUGCGCGCAGAGAAGGCCGUGUGGUGUUUGGGGAGCCCAUUGCAGCAGGCCUGGGCACAGAUGGUACCAACUACUGGCACAAGGAGUGGGCACACGCUGCAGGCUUUGUUAUGGGUCCUCCACUAAGACCUGACCCCAGCACUCCUGGGUACCUUAUGGACCUGCUGGCCAAUGAUGAUCUUAGUCUGACGGGGACAGACAACUGCACCUUCUCUGUGUGCCAGAAAGCUCUGGGAAAAGACGACUUCACCAAGAUCCCUAACGGAGUGAAUGGUGUGGAGGACCGGAUGUCUGUCAUCUGGGAGAAGGGAGUGCACAGUGGCAAAAUGGACGAGAAUCGAUUUGUCACCGUCACCAGCACCAACGCAGCGAAAAUCUUCAACUUCUACCCGCAGAAAGGCCGUAUUGCCAAGGACUCGGAUGCUGAUGUGGUUAUAUGGGACCCCAAGAUGACAAGGACCAUAUCAGCCAAGACUCACCACCAGGCUGUGGACUACAACAUCUUCGAAGGUAUGGAGUGUCACGGUGUCGCCGUCGUCACCAUCGCCGGAGGGAAAGUGGUCUAUGAGGAAGGGCAGCUGAAGGUGUCACCAGGGCACGGAAAAUUCAUCCACAGAAAACCCUUCUCCGAGUUUGUUUACAAAAGAAUAACACAAAGGGAGCAGGUGGCACAACCUUCAGCUGUGAUCAGAGAACCCUAUGAAGGCAAAGUCAUUUCUCUGUGAACAACUGAACUAGGACAUGAAAGACACUUUGAGCUCCAGCUGUGUGUCUCCAGUACAAUCCAGAACCAAUCAAAACCAAAACAACUCAGGGCUGUCUCGGCGUGAAAUACUUCUCCGAGAGCAUUCUUCAUUUGACCGUUUUUAAAUAAUUGAAUCCUAUCUACAGUUUUAUUUUUGCACAUUAUCCAGUCAUAUAAAUCUGUGUGUGUGUUGUAGGGGCCUGGGCUUUUUCACACAUGUCUGUUUCAAGACUUAGGUCAAUGCCCUGUUGCCAAAGUAUAAUGCCUUAAAGAAAAUAAACCUUGUGCAAAAUCC